AUGGCCACCCCAAGUCUGCCUCCGGUUCCUGCUAACUUAAAACCCGUCGUCUUGAAAUAUUUAAGAGUUGCCACAGAACAUGACAAGCGGGACCCAGUCAUAGCUUACUACUGCCGUCUGCAUGCAAUGCAGCAAGGGAUGGCAAUCGACAAAACAUCUCCAGAGGCCAGGAAGUUUCUGGUUGCAUUGAUGGAUUACUUGGAAAAGUCCAAACUUCAGCUGAAAGAUGAAGAAGCAAUCCACAACAAUGUCUGUGGACAAGCUCACGUAGAGAACUAUGCUCUCAAGCUGUUUCUGUUUGCUGAUAAUGAAGACCGUGCUGGGAGAUUUGGCAAAAAUGUUAUCAAGGCAUUUCUCACUUCAAGUUUACUGAUGGAUGUUCUAACAGAGUUUGGGCCUCUGAGUGAGGAUAUUGAGAAAAACAGAAAGUAUGCCAAAUGGAAAGCUUUGUACAUAAACAAAUGUCUACAGAACGGAGAGACCCCAAUGCCAGGGCCCAUGCCAGAAGAGGAGGACGAGUUUGGCAACCAACCAGGAAUUGGCUUUGAUGAUGUCUCCGGCCCGUCAGUACCACCAAACCAGAUGACCUUCAGUACAGACAGUGGCCUCUACCCUGCCCCCGGGGCCCAUGCACCGCCCAGUACUCCUCAGGACCCUCCUCGUAUAGACUACCAGUCGGCCCCACCUGCCUCACCGUAUCAGCCUAGCCCUCACAUGAGUCCUCAGCCCAUGCCGAGAUCUGUACCUGCACCAAGGAAUCAAAACCCACAGGCAGCGGCUGCUGCUAACGUAUCUGACUGGACGCCUCCGGCCAAUCCAAGCGGCGUGAAGCUGACUUCGGAUCAGUAUCAAAAAGGUAUAAAGUAUUGCAAGUUUGCCAGUUCAGCCAUGCAGUACGAGGACUCAGAAACAGCUAUACUAAACCUGACCAAGGCGCUUAAGCUUCUCACCACUGGUGUCGAUGGGAAAUGA